CCUGCUCCCGACCCUCCCUGCUCCUCGCCCGCUCCUCGCCAGGAUGGCCAGCUCACACUCACACGCACACGCACACGCACACGCACACGCACACGCACACGCACACGCACACGCACACGCAUAGCAGGCGGUUGCAUCCAAACAUGUCGGUGGACCAUCCUUCACGCAACGUCGUCGCACCCUCGAUGGUCCAUCCCCAUCACGGCCACCACGCCGCUGCCUCUUCCUCGUCCUCUCCUCCUCCCUCGUUCGCGCAACCCAUGGCCCGUCACAGCUCAUCCCGUAGUCGCGCCAUGCCAUCCGAAGAGCUCCUAGCCCUCGUAGUCGAGAAGCGUCUCGCAGUAAACGCGACGAGCGGAGGAGUGCUGGACACCAUCGACCUCUCCAAUCGUCGUUUGCGGGACAUCCCCGAGGAGAUCGUCGACAUAAUCAAGGACGAAGCUGUCCGUCUCGCCCUAGCAUACAAUCAGAUCCACACCAUCCCCGCACGCUUCACCCAGCUACAUCGACUGCGCUAUCUCAACUUGCGCUCCAAUGCAAUCUCCACCUUCCCCGAGUGGUUGGCAGACAUGCCCCGCCUUGAGAUCCUCGACGUUAGCAAGAACAAGCUGCGCCGUCUCCCCGAAGAGCCGCGCCAACUCUUGCAGCUCAGAGUAUUUAGCGUAGGGCAGAAUAGGCUGCGUAGGCUGCCCACCUGGCUGGCAGAUAUGGAGCAUGUACGCGUGCUCAAGAUUGAGGAGAAUCCACUACAGUGGCCUCCCCCGCACGUCAGUAUCGCGCCGAGUGUUGCUGCUGAGGCGAGCGCGGCGAACGCGGUGAGCGCGGCUACGAACGCGAAUGCGAAUCUCGACGAUGACAAGCGCAGGAAAAGGGAGGAAGAGGCGCAACACCGUCAGUGGAUCGCGGCGUUGAAGCGCUGGAUUUUGGAUAACGCAGCGAGCGAGAGGGAGCGCGCACUCAAUGAGGCCGAUGACGACAACGGCUCGCAGCAACGACAUGGCCGACAUCAUCAGCAAGCGUCCAUAGCUAGCAGCACGUCCACCGCAGCAGCAAUGGUAGCUACUCCUCCGAUGCAAGGACGUGCCCUGCCUCCAGACAGGACAGACUCCUCUAUACCCGCGUCUGCAACCUCGACGGGCGUCACUUCUCCCAACGAAUCCUCCGACUCGAGCUUCGCCAUCAAUGCAAACACCUCAGCCACGAGCGCGAUGAGCGCCGCAAGUGCAGCGAGUAACGCAACAUCAGCACGCAGUUCGCCAGAGCGUGGCUUCAAGAUCAGACCAUUGAUGCUCGCUAGGCAGCCUAGCGUUGCGGGUGUUGCGGGUGGGAGGGGCGCGGCGAGCGCGGGCAUGACGCCUAACUCGUCCAGUCAGGCCAAUGCGAGCGUCGGCGUCGGCGAGGCGAGUGGUGUGGAAGAGAUGGCAAGCCCUACUCGAGUGCACACGCACGCACAGCUCCCCGCUUCGCCCGCGCGAACUAUCACGCCUACACCGCCGCGCGAACGAAGCGAAACGGUCGCGACCAAGCUACAGCCCCCUCUCGAGUUACAGCGCGUCGAUGCCCGCAAUGACGAGGCUUUUGACAAUCCACGCCCUGCUCCCCCGCCUCCUCCCGUUCCCACCUCCUCCAGCCCAGUCUUCACCCAGCGCGGUGCGUCACAUGGUCACGGCCGCACCAACUCGCACUCGAUGGCCCAGUCUCACUCGCACUCCCCAAGCGCGAGCACGAGCGCGGGAUCGCCCUUCACUCCCACGGGCACCGCAAAACGUCGCCUACUAAAGACGAAGAAGUCCCUUCCUGACAUGCGAUCAGCCGGGGCCACCUUGGGCAGCACCACCUCCUCGAUGCGAGAGGCGUUCCCCUUUCCCUCCUCGUCGUCCUCCUCGGCGACCAAUGCGAUGACGGGCAGUCCCACCGAGCCUCUUUCUCGAGGUGGGGGCGCAGCGAUGGACCUCGCCCGCACACGCAAUCGAUCCUACAGUAUAGGCGGGGGCGGGACGAUGGGCCAUGUCAAUGGGAUUGGGAGCGUCCUAACUCGCCCACUCCUCAACCACGCCACGACAGCAGAUGUCGUCCCGGCCGUCCCACGACUGGGUACCGCGCCCGAAAUCGCCAUUGUUGAGCCUUCCUCUCCUAGCCCCCUGCAGUCGAAGGGGGUCACCCCCUCCGCCUCGGCGCCCUCGGUCGUUGUGGUGCGCAAGCCGUCAGCGAGGAGAGCGGCGUUACUCGAGGCGGUCGGGUUGGAUGGCGACGCGGAGAAGGUGGGCGUCCCUGGGAUGCGCCCAAGCAGCGGCGCCGACGAUCAUCAGACACAGCGCGAUUCCUACUUCAAGCGUCUCUCCGUCGUACAAGGGCGCGACGCCACUCCAUCGCCCAUCCACCAUGCCAACAUUGACACCACAACGGGUGUCCCCGCCCCUCUCCCCGCCUCGACACUCAAACGCAUCGACGCAGCACGCGGCAUCCUCUUCGCUCUCAGUCAGAUCUUCACCGCUCUCAAGCAGUACGCCCUCUUCGCCAGCGCGGCCGUUGUGGCCGAACAGCUCGAGCCUGUGCUGACCGUUGCGGGCGGGACGUUGGAGACGCUCAUCGCCACGCUGGAUCGCUUCGACUCUCGCAACGCUGCGAGCAGUCAUGACGACGUGGCGGUUGGUGCAGUACUCGACGCGAGUCGGGAGAGUGUAGAGACCUUCCGGAAGGUGGUGAGCGUACUGAAGUUGCUCCUCAAGCCACUGCAGAGGGACGCAGAUGUGCGCUACACCCGGGCGUUGGUGCUGAUGCUGUAUGGGGCUACGGUCGAGGUGGGGAAUGCGUGGCGGGAGAUGGGCGCCGAGGAUCGGCCUCACGCUCAGGAGCGGGUAGUGACGGUCACGGGGCUGGGCAGGGGCGGAAGGCCUACCCCACUCAACGUAGCUGCUGCCUCCCACUUGGGCGUGGCGGGGCCAGGCAAUCUGCCUAGCAUUGCGGAGAGCCUCUCGCCUGUGUCGAGUCAUCCGAAGACGCCGAACACAGACAUGCGCGGGCAGAGGAAGCGCUACGACUCCGACGGGCCAGCUAGCGCUCAGGAGGUACGCGAAGUCAAUGUACCGCCAAUGACGGCAGCUUGGACCUCAGCAGCUUCUGCUCCUGCUGGCCCUGCGACGUCGGAGGGACAGAACAACUGGAUGCAAUCACGACGCGCGGCACGACGCUUCGCCAACGCGAGCGAUACGGCGGCGGCUACUCCGUCGAGCGGCGGCGGCGGCACGGGCUUCGCAUUUGGACAUCGCCCCCUUUCAAGGUCUCUGGGCGAUAUUGCCGGAGCACUCGGUAGCGGGCUGGGUAGCGGGGUGGGAAUCGCGCCACAGCAGCCACACCGCCACGGCGCUGUAGGAUCAGCAAGCAGUGUUCCCGCCUUUACGACGGGCUCGGCCCCUCCCGCGCCAAUGGCUGGGAUGGCGCAGCACCAGCAGCGCAGAGCAGCCGGCGGCCUCGUCCCUUCGUCUGCUCCCCCGGCGCGGCCGGCACCCGCGACAGGUAAAGCGGUCAUCGAUUCGCAUCUCCUCGCCCUCAUCCAGUCGGUCACCUCAACCGCCUCGGGCGUGUGGGUUUCGCUGCUUGACCACUUACCCGCGACGAGCAGCUGGGCGGACGGCGGUGCAGAUGGCGGCGGUAUUCAGGGUGGCAGCGGGGGCUGGAGAAGUAGCGGAAUCCUCUCGCCAGAGGAGGCGACACCAACUGCGCUUGCUCCCGUGCAGAAGAGGGGAAUCGCUGGCAAGGAGACGACAACGACAACAACGCUCAAGCCUCCGAGUACGGAAGAGGAUACGCAGAGAUUGAGCGCCAUCUCUCCUACCCCAUCUUCAACCGCCGGCGGCAGUGGCGCAUCGCGCAAACUCGUCGAGCUACGCGCACAAUGUCUUUCAGCGGCUGAGCUGACCCGUCGUCUCCAGCAUACGCUUGAACGAGUACAAGACGAGAUGGAAUCCCUCCCCUCCUCCUCCCCUACAGGCUCACAAAUUCUCGUGGUGGGCGGCGACCCGACUUCAUUCGGCUCUCGCCAUCGCCUCCUCGAGGAGGGAGUCGCCUUCGUUCGCUCCGUCACCGCUUUCCUGGUCACCAUGCGCGCAAUGAGCGUUACGCAUGCUGAGGCGUUGGGAAGGGUGCCAGAUUGUAAGCGCUCUUUGGCGGCACUGACGAGGGGGACGGCGAAUGUUAGCGUGCAUCUGCAUUUUUGUGCGCCGGGGUUAGGACAGGGAGUGGGGGGACGAGGGGCGGGGUAGUGGGAGCAUGUGGCUGGUUUGGGUGGC